AUGCCAUAUUCACACCACUCACACUCGGGUGAAUACGUUGCCCACGGAGAAAACACGCUGGAUGAGGUGAUUACCAAAGUUAAACAAAUGAACUUUCAUGUUUUUUGCUUGACUGAGCACUGUCCUAGGUAUGCGAGGGAUUUAAUGUAUCCGGAAGAGGAGGGAAUGACCGUGGAAAGUCUCACUACUAUUUUCGAUAAAUAUAUGGUUCACGCCAGGAGGAUUCAAAAAGAGAUAAAUAAUGAUGACAGUAACAGGCUAAGAAUUCUUGUUGGCUUUGAAAGUGAAGGAGGUAUUGACGAAAUUCAAACGAAGGGAUGUGAGGAUCUUAGAAAGAAAUACAACGUGGAUAUAGUUGUCGGUUCAAUUCAUUAUGUCAAGCGGAUUCCGAUUGAUUUUGACCGUCCACGAUGGAUUAAAGCUAAGCAGCACUACAAUAGUUUUAGAGACUUUUUCAAAGGCUAUUUUCAAUGUCAGCACGAGAUGAUCAAACGAUUGAAACCAGAGGUCGUUUCACAUUUUGAUUUAAUCAGACUUCUUGAAGAGCCAGAGUCUGAUCGUUGUGAGAUCACAGGUAAGCUUUUGAAAAAUGUAAACAUUAAAACAGAUUGGCCAGAAGUUUGGAAAUUGAUCGAUAAGAAUAUCGAUCUUAUUAAUGAGCAAGGAGGCUUGAUAGAACUUAACUCUGCGGCAUUAAGAAAGGGUUGGAACUCACCUUAUCCUAAGAGAGAUAUAGUUGAAUUAGCACUAUCAAAGGGAGCCAAAUUUUGCAUGAGCGAUGAUUCUCAUGGAAUUGCACAAGUCGGAUUUAAUUAUGACAAGGUACUAAAAUUUAUUCAAAGUUUUGGAGAUAAGAUGCCCUAUAUCUAUUACUGGAAUGUCGAUAAGGAUGGAAAUAAGAUGAUAAACAAGCGGGAAGUCUCCGACUUGGCCGAUGAUCCUUUCUGGGGUAAUUAUUCGAAUUUAUGA